AUAUGCAAAUUAACAAUUAAUUAUAUUACUGCAAAAUAAUAUCAUCAAAUAUAUUGUUUUAGAUUUUGCAAGGGGGGGGGGGGGCUCUGGGCUGCAGCCCAGGAAAGUCCGUGCAUGAUGACGUCAGUGGUUCUAGAAUCUACAAUAUUCGAAUGACGCUCACCUAUCCUGCGCAGCUAUAAAACUUUCAUUUGCGUCCUGCUUUGAGAAACGAUGGGUGUCAAACGAUCACGUUCCGACUCUGACUGUGAAUCUCCUCCCAAGAAAAGGAGAGAGAGUACGGAAGGCGAUUUGCGGUUUAAAGGGUCCCGCAAAGAACAUUUGGAGGACCUGUACCACCAGGGGGAGCUACUGGGAGAGGGUGGUUUUGGAGCCGUUUAUGCCGGCACUCGCAAGGCCGAUGGCUUCCCAGUGGCCAUCAAAUAUGCCCGAAAGGAUGACAAGGAGCUAGAACUGCCUGGACUUGACGAGCCCAUCCCAUUGGAAGUGGCGCUAAUGAUGCUCGUCAGCCAUGAGUCAUCUUGUGCCAACGUGCUGAAGCUCCUGGACUGGUUCAGUGGACCAGAAGAUUACAUUAUGAUCCUGGAAAGGCCGGAUCCAUGCCAGGAUCUGUACGAAUUCUGCUAUAGCAAAGGGGGCUACCUCUCAGAAGAUGUUGCAAGGCACGUGCUGGUCCAGGUGCUUCAGGCUUUGCGUCACUGCCAGGACUCAGGCGUCUUCCAUCGCGACCUCAAAACAGAGAAUCUGUUAAUCAGGACGGACACUUUGGAGGUUAAACUAAUUGAUUUUGGCUGUGGAGACAAAUGGAAGGACACCCCCUAUGUGGAAUAUUCAGGGACAGAGAACUUUGCUCCCCCAGAGCUGUUCCUGAGUGGGGAGUAUCUAGCUGGCCCCACCACGGUCUGGUCUGUAGGUGUCACACUUUACGAGCUAGUGUGCGGUUACUUGCCCUUCCGCAACAAGAGGGCAAUCAUCUCAGGCUGCCUGAUAUUCCCCUCAUGGGUCUCUCCUGACUGCUGCAGUCUGAUUCGCCAAUGCCUGAGGCGUAAGGUGGCGGAUAGGCUGACGUUGGAGGAGAUUCAGGUCCAUCCAUGGCUGCAGCAGACGAAAGUACUCAGAGCCUGUGCUGACCAGCUCUCACAGGUCUUCACCAUCAUCUUCAAUCUAUCUCUGACACAUGCCACCAUCUCAGCCUGUCUGAAGUCCGCCACCAUCAUCCCGUUUGCCUGCAGAACGAACAGGUCAACUGAGGAUGCCAUAGCGAUCGCCCUUCACAUCGUACUGAGCCACCUAGACCAUCGGGAGAGCUACAUCAAGGACUUCCUCACAAGUCGGCCCCAGAUAGUAAGACUUGGACCCCAUCUCUCCUCCACCCGGGCACUGAGUACAGGCUCCCCACAAGGCUGUGUGCUAAGCCCACUACUCUACACCCUGUACACCUCUGACUGCAGACCGGCCCACUUCCCGGAUCCACUUCCCCUCCACAUCAAGGGCGACUGCGUGGAGAGGGUCCACACCUUUACCUUCCUGGGCACCACAAUCUCUUCUGACCUCUCCUGGACUGAAAACAUCACAGUUGCCAUCAAGGCCCAGCAGCAUCUGCAUUUCCUGAGAGUGCUCAGGAAGAACAACAUCAGUGAGAAGCUGCUGGUGACCUUCUACUGCUCCACCAUUGAGAGCAUUCUAACAUACUGUAUCACAGUAUGA